AUGCACCCCACAUUCCUCUCGGCUUCUCUCUUCAACCAAACGGAAGUGAGUGCAGCAACCUCAAUAUGCUGCUACUGGGCUCGAUGUUCUAUCUGGUUCUGUGCAUCGGCGCAGUCAAAGGUCAAGCACGGAAUUGUGAGUCAAUCUGAUCAGGAGGCCGUUUCACGAGCGUCGCGCCCGAUCGUCGAUUUGAAAGCCGGGAUUGCGAACGGAACGUGGGGUCGCGCAUUCAGCACGUGCUUUCCGCGCAGCUCACCGAGUACCAGAUCCCCCGAACAUGAUACCAAAGCACCGCUGACCGAUGUUGAUGCCCCAAAACACCCACCUGCAGAUGCACCCCAACGCGUCGUAUGUCCUUCCGGUCCCUUAGUGACGAGCACGGGCUCUCCCCUUGACGCCACCCAGGUUCUCGAGAACCGUGAAGCCGAUUAUCAAGCCAAGCGAGGGAGGAAAGCAGCCGUGGAGUACCUCAAAUAUCUAGGCUCUGGGCGGGACAUCGGGUACACGGCCCGGCAGAUCCUCGAUAGCACAGGAGCCAAGGCUGUGGGUAACUUGAGGGCUCGGACCGAAGAUAGUAGCCACAGUAGAGAUUAAUGAUCCCCUCGAGUUGCUGUCUGAAUGCUAGGGGUACCGCAUGCUCGGGCGGUGGACUUCGAGCGAGCCUGUACUGCGCCGGUACCCUCUCGGCGCUCGACAAUCGUUACGGGACGUACAUAGCCCCCGUCCUCCAACUGUCGGCCUACAUGACGGGCCUCUCCGGCGGCUCAUGGGCCAUCACCUCACUCGCUACGUCUAACUUGGGUCCCACGAGUAUCUACGACAUCGUCAUGGGAAGGAAUGGAGCGCCCGGCUGGAAGCUGGACUUGAACUUGAUUUUCCCCUCGCUUUGGCAUCUCCUUCCUUUCAACAUCAACAUCAUCCGUGACUUGUCUGCCAAAACCCACGCCGGCUUUUCUGUGACUCUCAUUGAUUAAUGGGGUAAAAACUGGCUGAAGUGUGUAGCGUCGCUCUCAGGAUGUGCUGAAAACCGUUCCCAAUCACUCGCAGGUCGCUUGCUUGGCCAUCACUUUCUGCCGGGUACAACGCGUGCUAGCUUCUUCAGCUCGACCGCACCGAACGACAAUGUAAGCCUCCUGAACAAAUCUGAUCAACAUUUGCAUCUGAGACACCAGCUUCUGUCCGUAUCGAUUGCAGGGUCUCUUAUUCGAUGCCAUCAAAUCGACCAGCAAAUUCAGGGCGUUUGAGAUGCCAUACCCCAUCGUCGUCACCACCUCCCGCGUCAAGGCCUGGGACCAGUUCAAAGUCUUCGGCGAUUACAUUCCCAUGAAGAACACGGUGAGGAUCUACCCGAUGUCCGCUUAGCAAACAGGCUAUUCUCUAAAGUCCUGCCGCUGAGUCCCCAACCCGGGCAUCUUCCGCGCAGAUUUUUGAAAUCAGCCCCUACUCCUUCGGAUCAUACGACCCCUCCCUUUCUGCCCACAUUCCGACCGAAUACAUGGGGAGUGACGCGGAAGGAGGCAAAACCAGAGGGGGCCGCACCUGCGUCAACGGUUUCGAUUCCGCGAGUUUUAUCAUGGGCUGCAGCGCGGGAUUGUUCACCGCCAUUGAGAGCAUGCUCCGGCCGGACACGAGAAUGUUCAGCAAGAUCCUUGAAUUUAUCCACUGGGCCACGCGCGGCGACAAACAAGAGGACUUCUUGACUUCCAGAGGUCAGUCCGGUGUCCACAGUGCUGCUCAGUGAUUCCAAAGUCAAGCUCACUGUGAGUCUGCGGCAUCCCGCGGCUGGCAUGCGCCUCCUGUCGGAUGUAGUCCCCAACACCUUUCACGGCUACAACCCUCGUCUCAGGGGGUCCCGCGAGUUUGAAAGCGCAGAGAAUCACCACCUGUACCUUACUGACGGAGGAAUGAAGUGAGUCUUGAACCCCACCCGGCCUACGGAACGCGAGCCUGCGGAAGACUCGAUCCUCACCGUAUUCCUGCUCCUAGCGGCGAAAACAUCCCUUUGGCACCCCUUCUCGUCAAAGCGCGCCGACUCGACACCAUCUUUGCGAUCGAUGCCUCGCACGAUACUAAAAAGUCAUGGCCGAACGGCGAGUCCCUACAUCGGACAUGGGAACGUAUUCGCCUCACAGCGAACGGGUACACUGACUUCCCGCCUGUGCCUCCAACGCCAUUUCACUUUGUGGCAUGGGGGUUGACGACGAGGCCCGUGUUUUUCGGGUGCGAGGUCAGAGAUGCGCAUGUUAACCAACCUGGGAGCUGUGAGUGUAGCCCCGCUUUCGGACGGCAAACUAGUGCAGACAAGCUGAUCCUCUUUCUCCUUUUGUCUUACAGACCCCAUCAUAAUCUACCUGCCCAACGCCCCCGUCCAGCACUCGCGCUACUCGACCAACACCGCAACGAUGCAAAUGGCGUACUCCAACUCGGACACCGAGGCCUUCCUCGCUAACGCCCACAUGAACGCGAUGAAAGGAUACCCCAUGGGUAAUGCGGGCUCGGAUCCGCACUACAGGACAGCUUUGAAAUGCGCAAUCGUGGAUCGGGCGCGACAGAGGGCGAGCUUGAAGAGGUCUCGGAUCUGUGCGGCCAUGUUAGCGCGAUGUAAGUGGACAGGCGAAGAAGAGGCUGAGCCUGACCUGUGGGACCGGAAGCAAUCCACUGGACGCUGA